ACGUCAUAAUUGACCCUUACCCAAUCAAGUAGUAGCAUUGGACCAGGGCCCAGCCAAUCAGCGCCGAGUGCAAAGCCUCUCCGAUUCUCUCUGAGCGUCGCCAUCUUGGAGGCGAAGGACAUUGAAUGGUGGUUGCAGAGACAAGGCAGAGGACGGACUAGAAGCAAUGGCAGGGCAUGAUGCACAUGGAUCACAACAUCAGUUCACAGGGUUUCAGAAGUACUUCAAUUCAUACACCAUAACAGGCAGGAGAAAUUAUGUGCUAGCCACGUAUGCAAGCAUUGCAAUGAUCUUCUUGUACUUUAAACUGAGACCUAAGAAGCAAACUCCAGCUGUGACACAGAAGUAAUGCCGGUUGCUGACAUGUUGACAUUGAACUUUCCCUAUUGUUUUGCUGCAACUAGUAGAAACCGAUGUUCACAUCAAUAAAUCAUGAACAAUGA